ACAAAACGGCUCAGUUUCUUCCACUCUCCACGAUGAUUCGCUUGUUGCUCGUGCUCGUUUCUUCAGUUUCUUCAAUUUCUUCGUUCCCCUCGGGCAGCCCGCUGUACCAGUACAAGUACCAAACAGAGGACGUGCUGAAAACGGCCGCUUCUAACGUACCCCUUAGGGGGUACCACGUGAUGGAGGGCGGGUACUACCCUUCCGAAGGGCGAGGGUACAUCGCACCUUCACCCCAAUACACGGGGCAGUUUUUGGCGCCAUUGGGGCACCAGUUCCUCCUUCCCCAGUACUCCCUUGGGGGUUUCUUAGGGGGAGGAACAGGAUUGGCGCAAGGGGGAUUAGUUCAAGGAGGGUUGGGGCAAGGCGGUUUAGGGCACUACCCACAAGUGGGGCAACUGGGAGGCGCUGUGGGUCACUACCCGCAUAAAAUCGGCGGUGAGGAAAUAAGUAAAGAAGAAUUCAGCGGGGGAAAGAAGAAUUUGAAUGAGGAGAAGUACGAAAGAAGCGAAGGGAAGAAAGGCGAAGAAUCGUCCGAAGGUAAGGCGGGUUAUGCGAAAGGAGAAGCCGCGGCGAAGGAUGUGCAAGGAGAAGCCGGUUACUAUAGCAACGCGGACGGGGAGAAGAAGAUCGUUGAAGAUGGUAAAGAGUACCAAGGAGGGCAGAAGUAUCAGAAAGAAGGUAAAAGUGGCGAAGAAGAAACUACGAAGAAAGGCCACAAAAAGGGACAUAAGAUAAAGAGUUUCAAGACGUCUCAUCACAAAGAUGAAUCCGGCAAAUCUGAAGAAUAUUAUGAUGAAGAGCACGAUGAAGGAGGAAAUACUGCUUUCAAUGGACAAACUGGAAGUUUCGGGGAAAAUGCCGCAUCGAGCUUUAAAGGUGGCAAAGAAGACUCGAAGUUCAAUUCGGCCGAGGCGAAGAAAGAAGGACAUUUCAAAAAGGAGCAUUCGAUAGGUAAAGCGGAAGGAGAUGAAGGGAAAUACGCCGAAAAGAAAUUCGCCGGUAACGAAGCCACUUUUGCGCGUAAAAAUGGAGCGGAUGAGCAGAGCCUGCUGGGACACCAGGAGUCGAGCAAAUUUAUUAAGUCUCAGCCGUUUGUUAUACCCUUUUAUCAACCGUAAAUUUUAU